CCUAACGAGCAGCGGGCGAGAGCGGAGCAUUCCUACGGAAAGAUUCAUAAGAACUCGAGCGGGCGAAAGUGGACGUGCUUUUUUUUUUCCUCUCCCGAGUCGGUCCAUUUUUUUCGACGCACGCUGCUCCAGUUUCCCGGCGACGGUACGUCGGUGCAUCCCGAAAUAUUUCACGUCGCGUCGUGAUAAAUAAGCGUCGCGUACGCGCAAACACGUAAACACGGGGGAUGCUUUUUCGUCGUGCGGUCUCUUGAGGCGCUGUGAAGUGAUUCGCGCGAUUCGCAUGUCAUUCGGAGUCGGACGGAAAAUUUGAAAAACGGAUGUUUUUCGACGGAUCCUCGAUGAGCGAGCAUCGUGAAAUUUUAGUGCUUCGGACCUCGAAUCUGUCGACGACAUGUGAUCGUACGCGAGAGAAAGGAAGAUAAAUCGCGCGUGAUUUGCACGCCCGAUUUCAAACUAAUCGCUUUUCGCAUCGGUUGCUCGUGGAGUGAUCGUCAAAAUUGGGAUAAGCUUUAUUGAAUUGUUAAUAGACCGAAUGUGUGCUGCUCUUCCAUUUCUUCGUUCAUUACGCAAACCGGAAAGUGUCAAUAAGGGAGAAAGUUGUGAUUUUUGACAGAGCCAGUUUCACAGUGAAGUCGCAUGAAGACGAAUGAGCCUAUGAAUAAUACGACAAAAGGGAGGAAGAAAUAAGGCGGAGGGUGGUGGAGGACGUAAAAAAGUGGAAAAUUGGAGGGCGCAGCGCGAGGGGACGUCUAAUUUCGUUGUCACAGAAAAGAUAGUACCGGUGCUUACCAACUUUGAGAAUAGAGAUGAGUUGAGGAUUGACUACGAUGUUGAGUUGUCUUUCGGCCGUGGUGGCCUCCAUUUUGGUUCACCAGAUACGUUUUCUGUGCACCGCCAAUACCUUGGGUGCGAAGCCGUUUCCAGGAUUUGAAAACUUACCGCGCUCAAUUUGGCAUGAACUUAGUUCACCUUUCACAGAGGUGUAUGAAGUGGAGAGUUUCGUGACUGAAACAGGCGGCACUCCUGAACCGAGGCCAUUUUUCGAGGAUCCCGAAAGCAACAUUACUGUACAGCUUGGUACUCAAGUCUACAUGCACUGCAGGGUACAAAAUUUACAAAGUACCCUUAAGGUAUCCUGGGUGCGUAGGCGAGGAGACGAGCUCCAUUUACUCACCAUCGGCUUGGACACAUAUGCAAGCGACUCCAGAUUCUCCCUGGCCUUUGAGAAGCCUAAUGACUGGCGAUUGCUCUUGCGCUCUGCUACAGAACGCGAUGCUGGCCUUUACGAGUGUCAAGUCAGCGCCCAUCCGCCAUUAAUCAGAACUGUCCAUCUAGCGGUGUCAGUGCCGAAGGUGGAAAUAGUCGAUGAGCAUGGUGCUACAGCUGCCGAUAAGUUCUACAAAGCAGGUAGCACAAUAGAGCUGAAGUGUGUAGUCAGCAAUAUACCGCAACCCACCGGCUAUGUCACGUGGCGGCACGGAUCUCGUACGUUGAAUUACGACACGACUCGUGGUGGCAUCAGCGUCAAGACGGACAUGGGUGCAGCCGGUGCGAUAUCUAGGCUUUACAUUGCAAAUGCGAAUAAAAAAGAUAGCGGGAACUACAGCUGCGCCCUGGCAAAUGUAGCAGCAGCCACUAUGGUGUCCGUCCACGUGUUAAAUGGGGAGAAUCCAGCUGCCAUGCAACACGGCGGUACCUCGGCCCCGAGGGCGACCUUUAUCUUCACCGUUGUGAUAUCACUAUCGUCGCUCUUAAGGUGACCGUGAUGACCCCCUCAGUGCAUUUUAAACCUGCGAUUCGAAUGGUGCUAACUUUCUCCCUCCCCAAGGAGACUCGCGCCCGGAAUGUCCUCUCGAAGCGGACGGGAACUUAGGGCCUUAAGCCCUCUCUGCCACUUUCGCAGGAAACCACAACGUGCAAUUGGUGCGAAGUACGUAUGAAAUGGGAUCUAGUCUCACGCGAGACGUACGCGAUUAUAUACGCGGAUAUGCGUGACAACGAUGACGGAUAUCGAACCGAAUUCGAAUUCGUUUCGAAAUUUCGGACUUAACUCUCGAACGAGUGGCUUCGCUAGAGGCACCGCAUCUCGCAGUUUCAGCGAGAUGCGAGACGCGUAUCAGUUUCAGCAGACAAUUCCUCGAGUGCAUCCCUCGAGGAACUUGACUAAUCGCUUCCGGUGGCGAUCGAUGCGGGAUUCGCGCGCAGAACGAACGAUGCUCGCGCGCUGCGAAUUUCGGGAGGAGAAACUUUUCAUCUCUCCCUUCCUCGUGUCUCGAGCUCCUGGUUCUGGUAUGUCGAUGCGAUGUUAUUGCGCACGUUAUUCGCGUCCCCACAAUGUUCAAAUGCGGAUCCGUUAAUUAAGAGAUUCCGUUCAUGUGAUAUAUAACGCGCGACUAUGACAUAUGUUCGUAUAACGUCGCCGGAGAAAUGGCGGCCGCGUCGUGUGAUUCGAUCAACUGUAAUCGAGGACAUCUUCGUUUUAUGUUUCUUCCACCUGUCGUAAGCGUUUCGGUUAGGUAUACCGACGUAGAUACAUGGUAUUCGCUCCUGAAAUAUUUAAAUGCAAAUUAAAGAUUUGCGAAUAUACAUUUAUAUGUGUGUAUCAUUUUCUUAUAAAUUUUAAUAUAUUAUUUUUCGGAGGGUACAACAACGAAGAAUUUUUUAUCGAUCGACGAAGACGAGUCUUGCGAGGAUACAGCAAACGAGGUUUGUAAAGUCGCAAAAUUUCGAGGACAUGUAUAUAUAUACUUUUUGUAUAUGUAUACAUCUUUGUAUAUAUAUGUAUAUGUUUGUUAAACUUACAUUUUACGUCUGUACACUGUUAUGUAUUUUUAGUAUGAGAAUCUCUUAAUGUUAAAGGAGAUAUUUCGAAACGUCAAACAUGAAUUUGUCGAACGACACCGUCCAAAGAAUUUGGCAUACUGAUUGUUACGAUGAAUAAGCAGCUUUUUCAAUAUUCGUGAAGCGGAUAAAUUUGCCAGUUUAUUGCUAAAAAUCUUGUUUCAUUUCAAUCAGUCUACAAUGCAAUUGUACAAUUACAUUCUGUUGUAUACAGAAUAAUAAAAAUGUUUCCAUUCAUCUGCCAUUCAAUUUUUGAUAAUUACAGACUAUACAAAGUUCGCGGAUCUACAUAUCAUCCUUUAUAUUUCCAGUUUGCGUUACAAACGCAACUUUUUGAAUGAAUCGAGAUUUAUAUACUGUUACCGAUUGGCAUCGAAAUAGCAAUUUGGCAAAUAAAGUGAUCGACGAUAAUCAUUGUUGAUAGAAAUUUGCUACAGUAUCUGAACAGUCUCUUCAAAUGUCAUUAUUACUCAAUUUCAUCUGAUAGAAGCAAUAUUUUCGAGGCUCGUAAUGGGUCGAAGAAAACACUCGAGCAAGAAACAAUGAUUGCCAUGUAUCAUCAAUGUUCAAUGUUAAUUUUCAUGCUCGCUAGCCCUGCGGCGACCAAUAUGCGAUGAACAUGGACGAUGAAGAUCGUUCGUUCAUUUACUCGCUUAAAAAGCCUGACGAAUAGGAAAUAAAAUUCGCAUUAAUUGUAUUAAAAGAUCCGGUAGCCGCUUUCUAUAUGUAAAAUUAUUGAAAUAUGGUGAAUACUAUAAUGGAUUUUUAAAACUAACUUUUCGUUAUAUACAUGAAUAUAUAUCGUUGUUUAAUUUGGUUAUAACGGUUUGCAAUUCUUGGAAA